AACGGGAUGAGACAGAAGGUGAAGUAAGAGGACAACGGGAGGUUUCGGGGGGGAGGAAGAACAAGGAGCCCGCAUGUGACAGGGCAGGAGGUGCUUUAACGAGCGUGUUGUUGCAAAAGGAGCAGGGCAGAGAGAGUAUCCUUCCCCUCUGCACCCCACGGGAGCUGAGUGAGGGCCAGGAGGAGGGGAAGGGCCUCCGCCUCUCCAGCUGACAAAAGCAGCUGCCCAGGAGCGCGCUCAGAGGGAAGUCAGAGGUGAGGAGGACCCACAGACCAACAGUCCUGGACCCCCUCCACCCCCACCCGUCUACCUAUAUGGGUUGCGUCCUGAGCUCGGACUGGUGUGGGGAGGGAGAGGUGCAGCCGGUGGCGGUGGUCCGGAGCUCGUCCCUGAAGAGGAGUGAGAGCGGCAGGAUGAGGCUGACUAAGUCUGGAAAGGGAGAGCCCCACGUCUUCAAGGAGAAGACGUUUAAGAAGAAGAGACAGUGCGGCGUGUGUCGACAGAACAUCGACAACGUGGGCUCCUUCUGCAGAGUAUGCAAAGCAGCCACCCACAGGAAAUGCGAGUCUAAGCUGACCUCUGCUUGCAUCCCAGCUCCCUCCAAUGAUCUGCAACGCAGAGGGACGUCGUCUUCUCAACACAUCCAACACACGGGAUCCACCAAGUCCCUGAACUACAUCAAACAGAGGAGCACCCUACCAAGGAGCUUCAGUGUGGACCGUGUGAUGGAGCGCGUGAUGGAGCGCCACUACGACUUCGACCUGACCUACAUCACUGAGAGGAUCAUUUCGGUCUUCUUCCCUCCGAAACUGGAGGAGCAAAGAUACCGGCUCAACCUGAAGGAGGUGGCGGCCAUGCUCAAAUCCAAACACCAGGACAAGUUUCUGUUGCUGAAUCUCUCAGAGCGACGCCAUGACAUCACCCGGCUAAACCCUAAGGUUCAUGACUUUGGCUGGCCCGACCUCCACGCCCCGCCGCUGGAUAAGAUCUGCGCCAUAUGUAAGGCCAUGGAGAACUGGCUGACCUCUGACCCCCAGCACGUGGUGGUCCUACACUGCAAGGGCAAUAAAGGGAAAACUGGCGUGAUCGUCGCAGCCUACAUGCACUACAGCAAGAUCUCUGCAGGGGCGGACCAGGCUCUCAGUACUCUCGCCAUGAGGAAGUUCUGUGAAGAUAAGGUGUCCUCUUCCCUCCAGCCGUCACAAAACAGGUAUGUCUAUUACUUCGGAGGCCUUCUCUCUGGGGCCAUAAAGAUGAACAGCAGUCCUCUCUUCCUGCACCAAGUCCUCAUCCCAUCGCUCCCCAACUUCCAGGGAGAGGGAGGUUAUUACCCGUUCUUGAAGAUCUACCAGUCCAUGCAGCUGGUCUACACUUCAGGCAUAUAUGACCUUCAAGGCACCGGAGGCAGAAGACUGUGCGUGAGCAUCGAACCGGCACUGUUGCUGAAGGGUGACAUCAUGGUGAAAUGCUACCACCGGCGAGCCCAGAGCGCCGACAGAGACACGGUGUUCAGGCUGCAGUUCCACACCUGCACCGUCCACGGAGCCCAGCUCUGGUUCGGCAAGGGGGAGCUAGACGAAGCUCACACCGACGAACGUUUUCCAUCCGAUGCCACCGUGGAGUUUGUCUUCUCCUCUGGACCUGAGAGGAUCAAAGGACGUGAAUACCACAAGAACGACCCGGCUGUCAUAGUCGACUACAACACCUCUGACCCGGUGGUUCGCUGGGAUUCUUAUGAGAACUUCAACCAGCGGUACCAGGACAGCCUGGAGGAUAUUGCUCAUACCAGAGGUCCUGUAGAUGGCAGCCUUUACGCUCAGAUAAAGAAGCGCCGAGGUCCCGGUUCCGAUUCUCUGACCUCAACUAACGGCAGCAGCCCAGGAGGCGGCUUCUUAGAAGAUCGGCCCGAUCAUAUGAUCACCCAAAGUUCUGACCCCAGCUUUUCACCCCACUCCCUCAAUUUGAACCAAUCGUGUAUCCAUCCCGACCACUCUGAGGAGCCCGUCCGUCCCCCGCCCCCGACCAGGCAGGAGAGGGAGGAACUCGAUCGUCUCCUCGGAGGGAUCGAAGGGAACCCAGAUGGAGAGAGAGAGACCGCCAUUUUGGAUGAUGGAGAUUCUUGGCCCUCAGAGAGAAGUGGGGCGCUGCGGCUCAGUCGGUCGUGUUCGUGCAGGGACGGUUACCGCUCCCAGCGCUGUGCUGAACCGGGCUGUGACCGUACCCUCCUCAUGCCUAAUGGCUACUGCCUCGAUCGAGCCCCUGGCACCAACGGUCAUCACGGGGCGAACCCCCCCACUAGCCCAAACCCAGCUCCUCCGUCACACAUGGACAUGUGUCAGCAUUACAGCCCACACACGCAACAGUCCCUUCCACCUCCGGAUCUAGUGUGGGAUCGUCAAAGUUACCCCUCUCACUUUUUACACCGUACCUGCUCAGAGGUGUCGUCACCUCGACAUAUUUGUCCAUAUCCAUCACAAGACCUGACCCCUCACUCUCACAGUCAUUCACACCUCCCCAUGUCUGUCCCUGGCCGCCUCUGCUGUCAUGAGGAGGCACCCUUUCACCAUCCUCCUCCACCUCACAGCCACAACCAUCCUCUCUCACACCCCUCGAAACCCUCCACCAGCCCGACUUACCAAGAUAUAAUGCUAAUGGAUGGUCUACCACCCCCUGGCUGUCUUUGUAGAGACUGCAGCGUCAGGAGAGAAGACUCCGCUGCCUAUCACAACUUGAGGCUGGACCGUGGGGACAGCUUCCACUGGGACAGGGAGGCAGAGCUUCAACAGAGGGAGGUGGGGCUUAGGAGAACCCGGGAGACUGAGUUACCCAGAGGAUCAGAGAUCCACUGGGAAAGGGAUCCAGGGCUCAGGCGGGGCAGGGAGCUGUCACUCCACUGGGAACGAGACAGGGAGGCAGAGCUUCAGUGGGAGAGAGAUAGAGAGGCUGAAUACUGGCACAGGAGAGCUACCGUAGCCUCCUACGGCCCACAGGGACAUGAUCUGCCAGCCUUCACCUUUGACCCACUGCCGUCAGGCCACCCGGCUUAUCCAGAAGCAUCAAGGUCCCAUGCUCAUUCUCACCUGGAUCUGAAGUACAGCAGCAGCAGCAGCGGGUACCAAACACCGCGUCAGGCAUGCCUCUACUCACCGUACCAGCCCUCGCCAUCUGAAAGCAGGGGCUACGCUUCAGGCUACCAGUCUGAGUCCACGUCUCCACUCCCUCCUGCCUCCUCUAUGACUGGGUCCUGCAACCAUAGCAAUGGGCCAGCAGACCACAACCACCAUCACCGGCAUCCAGACUCGCAGCAGUCAUACAGCCCUGACUCGCAUACCGAUGGCCUUCGUAGUUCUGGGGAAAGCGUUGGCUGGAGGGAUCACAUUACCCACAGUUCCUUUAAGAGGGUCCACAGAGAAGGCCAUGUCGCCUGCUCCACACCUUCUGACAUGUCUGGACCUUCUACUCCUGUCCACACCAGUAGUCCUCUCCGAACGCAGGAGAGCCCCAGUCCAGGAAGGGGAGAAUAUGACAUCCGGACCACAGACAUCAUCGGCAGUGACAACGAGGACUCCCCGACCCAGGACGAACACUUUUGUAACGCCAAUGGAGUCCAGGAAGCUGUAGGAAGCUCCAACACCAGCCCAGAGCAGUCGUCUCUUGCACUCACCAAAAAUACGCAGUCACAAACUGAAUCCCCCGAUCGCUGCGCAGCGCCAACUGAAGCUUCCCCCACCACCCCACUGCAGCAGCUCCGCAGCACAGAUGCACCGUUAGAUUCGUCGCCUGCGUCAAACCAGGGUCCCCCUUCAUCUGCAUCAGACACAAGCCCUCAGUCCAGACCACUUACUCCUCCAGCCCUGCGUUCUUCAGAAGAUUCUGCUGUACCCUCUGCAGUGGUACAGCCUCAGACCCAGACCCAAGCCAAUGGUUCUCCAGAGCCAACCUCUGUGCAGGUCAAUGGAUCUUCUCCAACGAUGAAAUCCCACCCAGACAUCCACAAGCCCACCACCUCCAGUCCCUCGUCUGCUCUCGCACCGUCAUCCCCGCAGCCAGGACCUGGCAGCGCAGAUGGCUCACCGGUCUCUGACGUUCCAGUUCCUGGUUUUGCCACCCUGGGAAGGAGGUUAAUGCUGAGUGGAUCAGAAACCCACCACUCAAAUUACCUGCAGCACCACGGACCCCCACAUCACCACUACCCGGGCAUGGAGCACAGCGUUGCCAUGGAUGCCAACAAAAGGCAAUGUUACUCUGGACCCACCCCACAGCUCCACCCAGCCUCCUACUCAAACUACUCCACCAUCUCCAUCCUUCUUCCUCCCCCACAGCCGCCUUUACCGGAGAAGCGGUAUCAGCCUGCUCACCCAGGUUCUCCCAUCGAAGGGGUGAGACCAUCCGGGGGACACGUGCCUCCCUCCACCACCCAGCAUCACGUUACAUUUUCUCCCAAUGUGGGAGAAAUUGCACCCCCUGCAGGCCUAAAUGAUGACAUCAACCGGGUCAGUGUGAAAUUUGUCCAGGACAGUUCGAGGUUCUGGUACAAACCUGCCAUCUCCAGAGAGCAAGCGAUCGCAGCUCUGAAGGAGAGAGAGCCGGGAACCUUCCUGAUCAGGGACAGUAACUCUUUCCAGGGGGCCUACGGUCUGGCUCUGAAGGUGGCCACGCCUCCACCCAACGUGAACCACAGCAGCAAAGCGAGUGACCCUCUGGAGCAGCUGGUGAGACAUUUCCUGAUCGAGACGGGACCCCGAGGGGUCAAGAUCAAAGGAUGUCAAAACGAGCCCUACUUUGGGAGUCUGUCUGCACUGGUCUAUCAACACUCCAUCACUCCCAUCUCUCUGCCCUGCGCUCUUAAAAUCUCUGAAAAAGAUCUGGUUGGAGAGGUGCAGGAGGUUCAACAAGUCAGUAACAUCAGUACAGCUGCUGAUCUGCUCAAACAAGGAGCCGCCUGUAAUGUCCUCUACCUGAACUCUGUGGAGACCGAGUCCCUGACUGGCCCCCAGGCCAUCGCAAAAGCAACAGACGGCACGCUGGGUCAUAACCCCCGUCCAGCACCGACCGUGGUCCAGUUUAAGGUGACGUCGCAGGGCAUCACUCUGACCGACAGCCAGCGGAGGCUCUUCUUCAGGAGACAUUACCCAGUGAACAGCGUGACCUUCAGCAGCAUCGACCCGAAGGACAGAAGGUGGACUAACUCCGACAACACGACCGUUAAAGUGUUCGGGUUUGUUGCCAAGAAGCCGGGCAGCGCGGGGGAGAACGUCUGCCACCUGUUCGCAGAGCUGGACCCCGAACAGCCGGCCUCGGCCAUCGUCAACUUCAUCAACAAGGUCAUGUUGGCGCCGCGCCGAUAAAAGGAACCGACGACGAAAAGAGGCAAAACGAGCAGCGCCGACGGGACGACACCCAGACCACGAACGGGUUUUUAAAUUUAAUCCAAGAGCUGAAACCUCCGACCGACCCGACGGGUGGUUCUGGAUUUAUUUUCCAACUCGCGUCACAACUCCUCCAGGAGCGAGGAGGCUUCAGACAAACAGACCAGUUUAAAAAACAACAACUAACCUUGAACUAAAACAACUUCAGCUGCGGACGUCAGGACAUAUUAGAAAACAUCACUCCCGUGUUUUCCUUUCAUCUUUUUUUUUUUGUCCAUCUAGUCUUGAAGAACAAAUUAAAAAAAAAAAAAAAAGGAAAAACAUCAAAAUCUGAUGACCGUUGGCGAUUUAGUUAAUUAUUAUUUGUGACGACUGCAGCCAGUCCGCGUUAGAUUCUGAAAUAUUAAGAGGGAAAAAUGACACAAAACCACACGAGACUGGUUUGUAAUUAAGCUCCGCCUCUUCCACUGAAUUGAUGUUUCCAUGACGACCACUGAUGGGUUAACCAAAGCCAGGCUCCUCCUUUCAGACGCUUGGAUGAAGAUGUUGGUACCGCUUCACAACAAGAACCUUUAGUUUUGUUUUUCUUUCGGCUGCGCCCUUCAGGGGUCAGAGAACUCGCACGAAGA